CUGACCAUGUCUCGCCUACAUGCCUCGAUCUCGCGCGCGCUCAUAAAUCACCUCCGCUCGCCCGUCCUUCUCUCAUCACCCAUACCCAAGACACAAUGCCCAACGUCAUCCUCUCCCGCCCAAGCCCCACCGUGUGGCAGCUCACGCUCAACUCGGGCCCCGACAACCGUCUGCGCCCCGACCUGCUGGGGGAGCUGUCGGCCCAGCUCGACGUGAUCGAGGCCGAGUGGCGCAAGGCCGGCGGCGGGCAGCGCGAUGAAGCGAAGCGCGGCGAGCACAAGGGCGCCGGCGCCGUUGUCAUCACGUCGGCGUUCCCCAAGUUCUUCAGCAAUGGCCUUGACCCUGUCGUGCUCAUGUCGACGCCCAACUUCUUCGAGGACGUCUUUGACCCCAUCGUGUACCGCCUCAUGACUUUCCCUCUCGUCACUGUCGCCGCGGUCAACGGCCACGCAUUUGCGGGCGGCAUGCUCCUCGCGCUCGCAUGCGACUUCCGCGUCAUGAACGGCGACAAGGGCAUGAUGUCGAUGAACGAGCUUCUCAUCGGUCUUCCCCUCCCCAACUCGUUCGGAAAGUUCCUGCAGAUGCGCCUGUCGCCGACGGUGCUGCGCGACACGAUGCUCGCUAAGCGGUGGAAGCAGACCGAACUGCUCGCCCACGGCCUGAUCGACGAGAUCGUGCCCGAGGCCCAGGUCGUGCCGCGCGCCAUCGAGAUCGCGACGCAGGAGGGCACCAAGGUCGGCCUCGGCUCGUGGGGCGCCAUCAAGGAUGCGCUGUACCACGACGUGAUUGAUGCUUCGCGCUCCGGCCGCGCGGUUACUAUGCCGCAGCAGGACGAGGCGCGCUUCCUCGCGCGCAUGAAGCGCCAGGCGGCGAAGCUCUAGGCGGUAUGCUGUAGUGGGGCAGAGGAGGACGAGGGCGAGAGACCAUAGGUGAGGGACAGGACCAGCAGUAUGAAGUGACAUGAUAAGCCUAGAGGUGGCCGGAGAUGGCCUAGAUAGACCCGAACACAACCUGAAGACGACCUGAGAGAGACUAGAGACGGCCAAGGUAGUAGUCACGCUGGGUGAGG